GAGGGAGCCUGUCCUGCAAUCUCUGAGCCACUGUGCUGCCAGCUGGUUGCAUGCACGGGACACGCCAUGAAGCUGGCCCUCCUGCCUUGGAUUUUGAUGCUGCUGGUGACAAUCCCAGGUCCCAGGCCCACAGCAGGGCUUUCUUCCCCAGGUGCCCGGGGGAGCUGUUCCCUGCGCUGUGGGGAGCAGCAUGGAGCCUGCUCUUGUCACCCAACCUGCUCUGGCCUUGGCACCUGUUGUGAAGACAUUCUCAACUACUGCCUCGAGAUUUCACCCUCCUCGGGCUCCAUGAUGGGUGGCAAAGACUUCGUGGUGCAGCAUCUAGAGUGGCCUGGCUCUACUGACGGCGUCAUUUGCAGGUUUAAGGACAGUGUCCAGACCCUGGGCUAUGUUGACAGCUUGAAUCGAGUUCACUGUAUAUCACCCUUGCUCUAUGAAAGUGGCCACAUUCCCUUCACCAUCUCCCUGGACAAUGGACGUUCCUUCCCUCGCGCAGGCACUUGGCUUGCUGCACACCCCUACAAAGUGUCCGAGUCUGAGAAGAGCCAGCUGGUGAAUGAGACCCGUUGGCAGUAUUACGGCACUUCAGACACCAGUGGGAACCUCAGCCUCACCUGGAACACCUCACUGCUGCCCACACCGACUGUCGCCAUUGAGCUGUGGGGUUAUGAGGAGACAGGGAAACCCUACUCUGAGAACUGGACAGCAAAGUGGUCCUAUCUGUACUCUCUGACUAGAAACACCCCCAACACUGGCUUCUUUACUUUCAUCCCCAAACCCGCAUCUCCUGAGCACCAGAGGUGGCGAGUGGGCGCCCUGAGGAUCAGCAACAGCAGGAACUAUGAAGGACAACAGGAUGUGCUGGCACUCUGGACCAAUGAUCACGCACUGGCCUGGCACCUGGGUGAUGACUUCCGGGCAGACUCGGUAGCCUGGGCCCGGGAACAGUGCCUGGCCUGGGAGGCACUGGAAGACCAGCUGCCCGACUUCCUGAAGGAGCUGCCAGACUGCCCCUGCACUCUGGCCCAGGCCAGGGCUGACUCUGGCCGCUUCUUUACUGACUAUGGCUGUGACAUUGAGCAAGGCAGUGUUUGCACCUACCACCCAGGGGCUGUGCACUGUGUGCGCUCCGUGCAGGCCAGCCCCAGGUAUGGCUCCGGCCAGCAGUGCUGCUACACCGCAGCAGGCACACAACUCCUGACCUCAGACUCGACGAGCGGCAGCACCCCUGACAGAGGCCAUGACUGGGGCGCACCCCCAUACCGCACCCCUCCCCGUGUGCCCGGCAUGUCCCACUGGCUGUAUGAUGUCAUGAGCUUCUAUUAUUGCUGUCUCUGGGCUCCCGAGUGUUCCCGCUACAUGAAACGGCGACCCUCCAGCGACUGCCGCAGCUACCGACCGCCACGCCUGGCCUCUGCCUUUGGGGACCCCCACUUUGUCACCUUCGAUGGCACCAGCUUCUCAUUCAGCGGAAGUGGCGAGUAUGUGCUGCUGGAGACGACACUUACUGACCUGAGGGUGCAGGGACGGGCCCGACCAGGAAGAAUGCCCAACGGCACCCAGGCCCGAGGCACGGGGCUGAUGGCAGUGGCUGUCCAAGAAGACAACUCGGAUGUGGUAGAGGUGCGGCUAACUGACAGGCCUCAGGCCCUGCAAGUGUUGCUGAACCAGAAGGCCCUCAGUUUCACCGAGCAGAAUUGGAUGGACCUGAAGGGCAUGUUUCUGUCAGUGACCUCUGAGGAUAAGGUAUCAAUCAUGUUGUCAUCGGGGGCUGGCCUCGAGGUGGGCAUACAAGGCCCUUUCCUCAGUGUGACCAUCCUGCUGCCUGAGAAGUUCCUGACUCACACCCGUGGCCUCCUGGGGACACUCAACGAUAACCCCAAGGAUGACUUCACCCUGCGCAACGGGCAGAUCCUGCCCCCGAAUGCCAGCGCGCAGCAGGUGUUUCAGUUUGGAGCGGACUGGGUUGUUUCCAACACCUCUUCGUUGUUCACCUAUGACUCUUGGUUUCUGGUCUACAAAUUCUUGAACCAACCCAAGCAUGACCCCAACUUCAAACCACUGUUCCCUGAGGAGAUCGCACUCAGCCCCAGCCAGGCAGACGAGGUGAACAGACUGUGUGAGGGUGACCGUUUCUGCAUCCUCGACGUGAUAAGCACAGGGAACCUGAGUGUGGGCAAUGCCACCCGGGCUGCCCACCAACUGCACCGACAUCACCUGAAUAGCCUGCAGGCCGUGGUGUCCUGUGGCUGGCUACCCCCACCUUCGAAUGGGCACAAGGAAGGCGUGAAGUACCUGGUGGACUCCGUUGUGAGUUUCAGCUGCAACAGUGGUUACAACUUGGUAGGAUCAGAGACUAGCAUCUGCCGAGCUGAUGGUACCUGGUCUAUGCCUACCCCAGAGUGUCAGCCAGGACGGAGCUACGCGGUGCUGCUGGGUAUCAUCUUUGGAGGCCUGGGCAUAGUGGCCCUGAUUUCUAUCAUCUAUGUGUUGCUGCACCGCCGCAGGAAGGGCAACAUGACCAUGUGGGGUUCACAGCCCUGAGGCGGGAGCACAUUUGAUUGACAGCAUCGUGCCAUGUGGUCACCAAGACCCCGCCUCCCAGGAGAAGCCCAAGUCACACGUACCCUAGUCCCUAUGAUUCCCCCAUCUAAUAUCUGUGCCUUCAACACUGCAGACCCCUGUCCUAAAACGGGAGUGCCUAUGACCCAAGC